CUUUUCCCAUUCAAUUGCUGACGACACAACCAAAAAUCCUAAAUAUCCCCUCACUCUCUCUCUCUCUCUCUCUCUCUCUAAAAUUCUAGGGUUUCACUAACGCAACGCAUGAGAUUGCAAUUUUAUAAAACCUCUAAUUACUUCCAAUUUUGGUUUCUAGGGUUUCGAUUUCCCGAGUUUUUCUCAAAUUCCCUGUUUGGUUCUCGAGUAAGUUUGCGUCUUUAGGGCUUUUGCUUGUUUGGAUUGGAUGAAAUUUUUUGAUUUGGUGUUUUGGGGUAGGGCUUUUGCUGUUUCCGAUUGAUUUAUCGUUUUCUGAAAUUGGUGUUUGGUUCCGUUAAAAGGUUGGGGUGUUAGGGUUUCCGUUUAGAGGCAUUGAUGGCUACGGCGGGUGAAGAAGAGUUGGAGUAUGAGAGCGAUCCAGAGGAAGUGAAGCGAUCGCUGGCGAUGCGGAGGCGGGAAGCCAGUGAUGAUGAGGAAGGCGAAGGAGUGGGAAGAGAGAAGCCGAGGAUGGAUCGGAGGGUUGGGACUCAUUCAGACGAAUCGGAUGACCAGGGCGGGGUCGCGGAAUAUGAGGAUGACGAAGAACUAGAUGAGGAGGAAGAAGAGGAGGAGGAAGACGAAGAAGAUGAAGAAGGAGAGCCUGCGCUCGAUAGGGUGGAUGGUGAAGAGGAAGAGGUUUAUGUGGAGAGAGGCGGUGAAGGAGAGGCACGUGUUGGUGGUGGAGUAAAGGAUUCGGCAGUUGCAAUUGUGAAUGUGAAUGAAGCUGUCGGGGCUAUGGAUAAUUUGGAGGCGGUGCAAGCAGAGGAUCAGGACGAGGGGGAGGGGGAGGAGGAGAAGAAGGAGAAUGAGCCCUUUGCUGUGCCCACCGCUGGGGCUUUCUAUAUGCAUGAUGAUCGGUUUAGGGACAAUGCCGGCGGUCGACCCAGGCGCACACAUGGUGGAAGGAGGUUGUGGGAGUCCAAAGAUGACCGGAAAUGGGGGCAUGACAAGUUUGAGGAGUUGACUUCGCAAGAAAGGCAUUAUGAAGAGGGUCGGAGAAAUUCUAAGGGUCAUUUCCGAGGCCGUGGUAAAAAUCGGGGUAUUGACCGAGGUAUUGACCGGGGUAUUGAUCGAGGUAGUGACCGAGGAUAUCCAAGAGAGAAUAGAUCUAAAGCAUAUAACAAUCAAAGCCAGGCACCUAAGACUAUGAGAGGGAGAGGGCCGAGAAGGUAUGAACCCACCUUUAAAAACAGAAGUCGGGCACCUCCAAAUGAAAACAAACAAUCUGGGAAGCCUCUUGAGAAAAAUUCACAUACUAAUUCUGGGAGAGCUUUCAUGCCUGCGUCAAAUGUGGAUUCUGAAUCUGUUCCUGCUAGCAGACUAGUGUUUGCAUCAAGCUUGAAUUCUGCUUCUCCGCCAUUUUACCCUUCAGGCUCUUCCACUAAAGACAUCGCUCUGAUGCCAAAAAGAGAUGUACAAGCUGGUAGUUCCAACAGGAGUUUUCACACAGCUGCUAUGGAUGAUGGUUCUUCUGUCCCACAAACCAAUGCAUUGCUUCGAGGGAAGAAUAUAGCUCAAUCUGUUGGCAUGGACAAGCUUUAUAUUGAUGAGUCCAUCAAUCCAGGUACUGGAAAGGCUUUGACUAAUCUGCAAAUGCCACUUUCUGGGUCCUCAUUAGUCAGUACAACACAAUCUCCUCCGACCAGGGCUCAGGGAAAGGGUCUAGCUAUCCAAGGACACACAAAUUAUCAACCAAAUCCACCUCAUAGUCAAAUCAAUAGAGUUUCUCCUUCAACACAAUUCCAUCCUGUUCAGAGAAGUCCUUCUCAAAGCAGAGUUCAACCUUUUGUGCAAGCUGCUGCACAGCAGUCAAGCCAGCGUCCUGGUAGUGGUUCUCAAGCUUCCUCCCCCUCAAAAACGGUUCUUUCAAUAAAUUCUUAUGAACCUGGAGAAGUUGAAUCUCCUUCAGAAUCAAAUAAAUCUAAAGUUGCAUUGGUUGGAAAGGGAAAAGGCAAUGCUCAAGGUAGUGGGAGGGGUUCUGUUAUGUAUGGUGGGUCUCAGGUUAUUGGAGCUACUGGGAGCAUGGCAGUUGGUCACGGAGAUCAAAACUUCCCUGGGACUCCAACGUUUUUGCCAGUUAUGCAAUUUGGAGGCCAGCAUCCUGGUGGUAUUGGAGUUCCUGCCGUUGGCAUGGCGUUCCCUGGUUAUGUUGGUCAGCCACAACUUGGUUUGGGAAAUUCUGAGAUGACAUGGCUACCCGUUUUGGCGGGUGCAGCAGGAGCUUUAGGGGCUACAUACUGUUCACCCUAUAUUACUGUUGAUGGUGCUUAUCAUGCUCGCCCAUCAGGGCAGACAUCUUCCAUGGGUGCCUCAAGCAAAGAAAAUAACUUGAACAAACCCAAUAAGGAAUGGAAGCCUUCCCAGAGGCCUGAACUUGCGAAUGAUGAAUUUGGGCAGCGACAAAAUAAGCCUCGCAGAUACUCGGAGAUGAACUUUGGCCAGUGAAGUACAUAGAUUUAAUGGAGCCUUUUUUAAUAAGCAGAUAAAGGUUUACUAUCACCCAAUUAAACUUUUGUGUUGUUUGGGUGUCGCAAAAUUCUGAGUUGUGAUUGCUUGGUGCUGCAGGCCUUCCCCCAGGCCCUUUGUGAUCUCCAGCUUUUGUUCUGGAGCACUUUGGGCCGCUAUAGGUUCAAUAAUAUUUUAGUUAUAUAUGACAAACACCUGCUCAUGCUGCACUAAAUAGUUUAAGAACAAUAUUGCGGCCUGACGGGUGGCAGUUGCUUUUUUAAACAUGCGGUUUUCAUGUGGGUUUGGUUUUUCAGUGAAGCUUGUGAGAAAUGUAGGCCUGGCUUCCAAAAAUAUAAAGAAAAGCAAAAAAGAAGAGAUUUAUUGUGCAGUAGCUGUUUGAUUAGUGGAGUUGAAUUUUUUUAUUUAUAUUAUUGGUUUGGUUUUUCAUUUGUUACUACUUGGUGACAAUAACCAUUGUUCUGAGAGGACCUUUAAUGUAAUGGGAUUUUUCUGGAAUUUGCUGGCGAUGUUGCAGCAACAGCUAUAGAUUUAGUUGAUCAUGGGGAGUGUCAGGGUAGUCGUUAGUAUUGGUGUAAUGAGUGGGCUUAUUAUUAACCAUUAUCCGUUAUAACUGAUGUUUUUCUAGGCAAUGCAACUCUUGGUUAUUGUGUA